CUGUGCAUACCUCGCGGCUUUUUAUUCCGUCUGAUAAAGUCUCCCAGCCAUGCAAGUCAAAUUUCUUCAUGGAUGCAGAAACUUAACCAUAGAUAUUCCAAAUGAGGCGUCUUAUCGGUAGUUCACUCUCAAAAAACAGAGAAAAUGGGAAGCCCAAUAACAGUCGACCUGACAUGUCAAGCAAAUUCCCUAGCACGAUCACCAAUGUUCGCGCAGCACAGAGACUUGACUCUAGAGGGAAACCAACGGUACAAGUAUGGGUAACAACAAACAAGGGUACUUUCACCGCGUCAGCACCUUCAGGUGCGUCGAGAGGACCAUAUGAAGCGCAUGAGAUUCUCGAUGCAGAUCCAAACAUGUACGGAGGCAAUGGUGUUGAGAAAGCGGUGUACCACGCUCAGCAUGUCAUCGGACCUGGGCUUGUGGAUAAAUGCUUCGAUGUGAGCAGGGACCUAGCCAAGAUAGACGACUUCAUGAUCAAGCUUGAUGGGACAAAAGACAAGGGAAAUCUAGGCACCAAUGCCAUCUUGCCUCUUAGCAUGGCAUGUGCACGAGCCGCAGCUGCAGCGAGAGAUGUGCCACUUUACGAAUUCUUAAGGCAGGAAGCACAUGCACCAGAGGGCUAUGUCCUGCCUGUCCCGUUCUUCAAUCUUUUGAAUGGAGGCGUACACUCGGGAAACCAAAUGGCAUUCCAGGAAUUCAUGAUAGCACCGGUGGGCGCGGAGUCAAUGGCACAAGCCAUUCAGAUCGGGAGUGAGGUGUACCAGGAGUUAAAGAGUAUGAUCAAAAAGAAGUAUGGAGCAGCCGCAACUGCUGUUGGCGAAGAGGGAGGCUUUUCGCCCCCAAUAUCCGAUCCAGAAGAGGCACUAGAUCUCUUAACAGAAGCAGUGAAAUCCAGUGGUCAUCAAGGGAAAAUCAAAUUCGGCAUCGACCCUGCAUCAUCCCAGUUCUUUGAAUGCGGCUGCUACGAUAUCGGUUACAAACGAGGAAACGAGGAGAAACUAUCUUCAACGCAGCUUACCGAUCUAUAUAAUAAACUCUUACAGAAAUACCCGAUAAUCCUCCUAGAAGACCCCUUUGCAGAAGACGACUGGGCUUCUUGGAGGAACUUCAACAGAGAUUGCAAAAUCGAACUUGUCGGCGACGAUCUUCUCGCCACUAACAUCUCUAGGCUUGCAAUGGCACGAGAACAUGCCGCUUGCAAUUCCAUUUUGCUAAAGGUUAACCAAAUUGGCACUGUCAGCGAGGCUCUUUCUGUUGCACAAAGCGCUUAUAGCUUCGGGUGGAAAGUAUUCGUCUCCCAUAGAUCAGGCGAGACCAACGAUGACUUCAUUUCCGAUCUGGCUGUAGCUAUUGGCUGCGGACAUUUGAAGGCAGGGAGUCCUUGCAGAGGUGAAAGAGUGGCCAAGUACAAUCGGUUGAUGGACAUUGAAGACCAAUUAAAAUGUACACAUGCGAACUUUAAGUAUGCUGGGAAUAUGUGGGAAUAGUCCUUGACACUAUUUGCUAGAAUGUUAUGGGGGUAGAAAUACAAUUUCUAAGAGUAAAGUAAAAG